AUGCCUCUUCCAUCCGGCAGCAAUGGGUCGCGGACCCGAAAGUGGGUUAGUAAGGUGACGGCGAUAUCCCGGUUGGCGCUUUGCGUGAUGCUGUGCCUUGCGAUCGAACGUGCCGAAGCCAUCAGCUACCGGAAGGACUCGGGGUUUGCCACCGAUGGGAUGGAUCAGUUCGUGUUCCGGGAGUACCCGGGUUCGAGUACGACGGGAUCAUCCGGAGGAUCGUCAUCUACCGUGAAACGUUCCGGGCGGGUUCGUUUCAUCGAUGGUCCAGCUGUACCCACCUACAACCGGGGAACUGUAGAAUCAGUCGGCGGAGGAGGAUUCUUCCAGGGUGGUUCUAGCUCCAACGCCUCACCCUUUCCGCAGCGUGAUCGAGAGCGCGAUCAGUUUUACACCGUCGGAGCCUCGAUACAGCUGGCCGGUGGAUCUGGGGAUAUGAUAACACCACCACCGCCGGUCGAAUCGCAACCGAAGCCAAAGCGCAAGAAGAACAAGUACAAGUACUCCAAUGCGAACGAAAAAAUCUACAAUCCCGAUGACCAGGGUUCAUUUACGCCAUACGCUGGGUUCGGUGGAGUGGCUCAACGAUAUCCGGCCCCAUUGCAGGACAAUUACCUCACGUCCGCUGGUCGCCCGGUCGGAGGGCAGUACGACAACUCCAUCUCCAACUAUCCGGAAUUGCAAAAGCAGCAAUAUCCGUUCAGUGUGAACUCACCCUAUCCCGGGGCGAACUACUACUACGGUGGCCAACAGCAGGCAGUUCCUGGAGUGGCACCGAACAAUCCCUAUCAGUACCAGUAUCCCGCGCAGUACACACCACAGUACGCCAGCCAGCCUUACCCUCAGAAUAAUCCUGGAUUCUAUCAGCAACCCCAGCAAUCCUUCGGUGCUGCCCCGGCGGGUGGACAAACCGGGCCUCCGAAUGCACAAAGCAUUCUUGGGGUACUUCAGAGUAUCUUCAACUUUGCUCCCGGAACGUUUGGAUCGAACUCUCCCCCAGCAGCACCGACCCGACCCGGAGGUCUCUACUCUCCCGCACCGACGUCACCAUUCGUUGGGGGAGUCGGAGGACAGUUGCGGCAGGCUUUGGACAACAUAUCCGAAAACGACGAGCUACAGUGCGUCCCGAAGCUCCUCUGCAUGAUGUCCCGCAGCUCCACCGGGCAGGGAUUCAGCCUAGUCAACCGGGGACUCUUAUCGACAAUCCUAGGUGCCGUUCCGGACAGUUCCCCGUGGCUGAAGUUCUCCCGGGCGGCCCUCCUGGGCUACGGUAUCGGUGCGAACAGCUGCGACGCGUACUACCCCAAGUGCCCGAAGGACGAGAUGGAAAUCCUCUACUACCUGAACAACCAUCGGGGCGGUUUCUUCCGGUUUUUUAGCAACGGUGACCAGGGACAGACCCAGCAGCAGUACGGGUGA